AGCAUACAUAAGGCAAGUACACGACUACUCUCAGUCGCUCAUUGCGAACAGUCGAAUCAAGAUAGGGACGAAGUGUUUCGCAAAUGUACUACCUAUAAAAAAAUUAGCUUUAACAAAUCGUCAACUGAUAAGAAAGUGCUACAACGGAUUACUAGUGCGAAAUGUCCAAUUCAACCAGUGGAAUUUCCACCAAAAUGCUAGUCAGCUUUGGCGUUGGCAUUGGAGUGACUGCCGUAUCGAGUGCUUCUUAUUUAUACUACAAAUACUGGAAGCAAGAUGUCAUGCCAGAAGAAUGGCAGCGUGUGGGCAUCUUAGAAAUGCUCGAAUUUUUCCCACUGAAAUCAGGAGCACCACUCAAAAUGCCAGAAGACACUGAACUGGAAUGUGAAGUGCUGGGCCUACGUUACGAGAGCGUUCGCGAUCGUGCGCUGAUGCUGGUCGAUAGUAACAAUUUAAUGUUAACAGCUCGUGGCUAUCCUAAGAUGGUUUUGAUUGCUUCGAAACUGGUAACACCAACAAAGCUAGAAAUCAAUGCACCCGGCAUGGAAACACUGGAAUUAGAUUUUAGUAAGCUGAUUAAUGAAGCGCCGGGCAUCGAUAUACACACAUCGGUAUUUGGUGCUCCAUUGGAUGCGAUGUUGUGCGGUGAAAAAUAUGACAGAUGGUUCUCGCAAUACAUUUUGAGUCAGGUAAACGGAGUGAAGCUGGUGUACUAUCCCUAUCCGAAACCAACGAAGCCAAUUGACAAGGAUUUAGCCAAGGAACCACAUAUAAAAAAAUAUGAUACGGGUGCCUUCGCUGAUGCUACUAGCUAUAUGCUGAUGAAUUUAUCAUCAAUUGAAGAUCUCAAUAAACGACUCCCGCGUCCAGUACAGCCUAUUCAGUUUCGAGGCGGUUUCUAUUUAAAAAUGGAUAAGAACGAACCCUAUGCUGAGGAUUCAUAUGAUUGGAUAAAAAUUGGCCAGCAGGCAGUGUUCCGUAAAGUAGCGCCAUGCCGACGAUGUAUUUUACCCAACAUCAACCCAGAAAACGGAGAGCGCGAUCCUGAUAAUAAUCCAUUGAAAACUCUAAAAACGUAUCGUUGCUUUGAAAAGAACCCAAGCCCUGUUCUUGGAAUUCAUUUGGGUUUGCGCGAGCCGGGGAAAGUCAAGCGAGGCGAUGUCAUUUAUAUCGGCAUUAAAAAAUAGAUAACUUAUUAUUGUCUUUUAUAUAUACAUAUAUUAUUUAGCAUAUAUUUUUAUAUUUAUGAAUACAUUUUAUGCUAUUUGCUGUUGAUUAAAUUUUUAUAACGAAUGUAAUAAUUUUAGGCGCAAACAACAGCAUACUUCUUUUUUUAUAAUUCGUACAUGUUUAUUUUAUUAAAUACAUGUUUUUUGUGUGCACAUACUCGUAUACAGUGUGUGAUGUAAAAAAUAUAGAUACAUACAUAUGUAUAUUAUUUGAAUAAAUAAAGCGAUGAAUUUUA